UUCAGUGAACCGAUGCAUGACACGAUGCCUGAUAAAGAUUAUCUCAAAGCGUUAUGUGCAUCACACGGCAUCAAGUCUGACCAAUUAAAAUAUGAAUGUGAAAAAUUGUGUAACAUUAUACAUAAUUUUGAACACGUGGUGGAUGUUUAUCCGGCAUACAAAGAAAACGAUGUUACGAGCGUAUUUUUUAUCGUGACGGUGUCAAGACAGUCGGAUAAUCUUCCCAUACAUCUAGAUGAUUUACGUAUCGAUUGGCCAGAACAUCCCCACUUAUUGGGUAAACUUGUUGAGGCAAUACAGAAAGAAGGCAGUGAGCGUGAAGAAGGAAUCGACCUGGCACUUAUACAAAUAAACGAAAGACAUCCUGUUGAUGGAAAAUUUCCCGAAACAGAGAUAGAUAUUGAUUUUGAGUCUGGAAAGACAUUAAAACCCAGCAUACGCAAUGAUCGUUGUUACAAAUUCGGAAAGGCUUCGGGCUUUACCAAUGGUACUUUGAUCAUCACAGAACAAUUAAGUGUAAUUAAAGACGUCCUCGAUUUUCAAGGAUAUCAUUGCGUACUUUGGAAUCAAAUUAAAGUGCAGCCAUCUGGACAAUUGUUUGCUACAAAUGGUGAUUCAGGUGCACCCGUUUUCGUCAAAGAUGGUGAUGGACAACUGGCAUGCGUAGGAAUUAUUGUGGGGGGAACAACCGACGGUAUGGUAUAUGUAACACCUGUAACGAGGAUUCUACAGGAGUUUGGUAUUUCACAGUUGAAAACGUUCAUUCCGAACAUUGCAGAUUUGGCGAAAGAUAUACAUUCAAUCAAAAGGACCUUGGAGCAGUUAAGCUAUACUGUACAAGCCCAUAUGUCAAACACUUGAUCCAAAGUAAACAAAAGUCGAGUCCGGGCUUGAGCGCGAGCGGUCAUAUUAUUUAAUAAAAAUAUGAUACACAACUUUUGAAGAAAAUAAAUAGAAUCUAUAUCGUGUUUUAAAAUCUGAUUAAACAUUUUUACGAAUCUGCAAAAGGUCAAAUAUAAAAUAACUAUUACAUUUGUCGUGAAGGAUUUUAACGAUUUGUUUCCAUUUUGUAUUUCCACCGUAAAAUAUUUUAUUUUGCAUAUAGCAUAUUAUGGUUUAACUACACAAAAUUAUAACAUUUGUUUCACACAUUCUUAGCCAUAAAUUAUGGUUAACAGCAGCUAAGACCGUGGUUCGUGUGAAUAUAUUGUGUUUAAAACAAUUUCAAACAUGAUUUAAAGGUUAACCAAUAUGAAAUAGCUUUACAAAAGUACAUAAAAAUAUUGGUAAAAUCAUAAAAAAGAAAAAGAGUAUGUUGCUUUAAGGAAUGUCGACUUACGUUACAAAGUACAUGUAUAUAAAAGUGUGUGUUUUUUUAGGUUAGUUGCAUUCGUUGAGCAAAAAAAGCGCGUAUAUAAUAUGUAUGCAAUGUAUUUUAUGUUGUCGCUUAAUUCCUCAAGUUUAAGUAUAUUAUUUAAA